AUGGCACUAAAUUUCAAAAAAGUCACCUUCGUCAUUGGUUUGUCCUUAAGUGUCAUUGUCAUCUGCAGUGUCCUGUACGUAUUCAUUGUAGGAUUUGAACAACAAAAUAACGACGUCGUUCGACCUGGACGAUUUUCAGAUGCUUCACUCAAAUUCGUCACCGUGCUGUUCCGUCAUGGAAAUCGAGCACCAAUGUUAAAAUACAAGACAGACCCACACAAGAAUGCUUUUCCAGAAGGAUUAAUGGAAUUAACGAAAAAAGGAAAGCACAAUAUGUACAAAAAAGGACAGUUGUUUCGACGUUUAUAUAAUGGUUUCUUAAGUGACUUAUAUUUGGACCGUGAGAUUUUAACCAAAACUACCAACUCUAGUCGGACGUUCAUGUCAGCGGCAAUGGUUUUGGCAGGAAUGUAUCCACCAAAGAAUUAUCAAAAAUGGUCAAACUCAGAAACUGUGUGGCAGCCUAUUCCCAUUUACAGCAAUUCACCAGAUCUCGGAAAUUUAUUCGGUAAAAUGGGAAUAUGUCCGUCUAUUGAUUCUUUUAUCGCAAAUUUACCACAAAAAAUAGGUUAUUCUACUGACAAAAAUAUAACAGCACUGAUAUCGUUUUUGUCAGAAAAUUGUGGACAACCGAUAACCGACGAAAAGGUUUUUCUAAUGUACGACCUUUUUUUGUGUCAAAUAGCUGAUGGAUUAUCAGUACCAGAAUGGAUUAAACCUUACCACCUUGCAACAAUGAAAUCAAUUUCUUCAACAAUUUCAGAAAGUAUUUUUGAAAAUACAAAUUUAAUGAAAUUAUUUGUAGGACCUCUGCUAAAUGAAAUUGGUUUGAACAUGGAAUCAAGUUCAAAUAAUUAUAAUACAACGAGAAAAAUGCAUCUUUAUGCGGGACACGAUAUUAGCUUAGGAAUGGCAAUGCGCUUUUUGGGCAAUACUAUUGAAUGGCCGGGUUUCGGUGCUUCGUUACAUUUCCAUAUGUAUUACGACGUAACAAAAGGAUACACAAUUAAGGUAUUCUAUUUUGAUCGAUGGGACAAUGAAAAGGGUGAAGAAAUCUCAAUACCAAUUUGUGGUAACCCCUGCAAAUUUGAGGACUUCAAAAAACUUUUGAUCAAUAAUUUCUCUGGAAGAUGGGAAGAUGAGUGUCAAAAAAUAUACAACGACCUAUGA